AUGACAAGGGAAGAAAGAAGUACUUAUUUUGAAUCUCUUUGCGAAGAAGAGCAGGGUUUGCAGGAAAGCCAAACCAACCUGUUGAAUAUUCUGGAUACAUUGUCAGCAUUAGCGAACCCCAAAUCCUCCGAUGACCUACUCGUUGAAUCCCUCAAGAGACUGCCUACCUUACACGAUGACUUGAUCAAGAGUUCCAUCCGCCUGCGAUACGAUAAAUAUCAAACGAGAGAGGCACAGCUCUUAGAGGAUGCAGAAACCGGAAGGGACAUUUCAGCAGGAGUACAAAAUCGAAAGACCAUUGCUGAAUACUAUUCUACUUUCGAUCAAUUGAAUAGAGACACUUUGAAGUACAUCAAUUUACUGAAAAGACUUUCUGUUGACUUAGCUAAGCAAGUAGAAGUGUCUGAUCCGUCAGUGACAGUGUAUGAACUGGAUAACUGGGUGCCUUCCGAGAAACUGCAGGGUAUUCUUGAGGAGUACUGCGCGCCUGAGACUGAUAUACGCGGUGUAGAUGCUCAGAUCAAGAACUAUCUGGACCAAAUUAAGAUGGCACGUGCUAAAUUUGGUUUAGAGAAUAAAUACUCGUUAAAGGAAGGGCUCUCUACCUUGACCAAAGAACUAAAUCAUUGGAGAAAGGAGUGGGACGAUAUAGAAAUGCUUAUGUUCGGUGAUGAUGCACAUUCCAUGAAAAAAAUGAUCCAGAAGAUAGAUUCAUUGAAAUCGGAGAUAAAGUCUUUGCCUGGGAGCGACCCCGUAGAUGCAGAAGGCGAUGUAGCUUUAGAGUGA